UCUGUAGGCUGCUAGAAAGACCAGCAGUAAGCAAAAAAUGUGUCUUUAUUGGCGAUACACCUCACACACCAUCCAGGACGAUCACCAUUUUUCCGAUCUUCUUCGAUCGAUCGUUCAUUUUGUGUGAUCCGGUUUCGAGCGCCAUUGUGAUCAGGAAGCAAGAAAAGGCAGAGAAAAAAGAAAUAAACGAUGUAUUGUGUAUGUGUGUCCGUAUGUCCUGAGAUCACAUGUAAUUAUUAUCUGUGUUGCGUUUCCGCCAUUACAAAGAGGAUCCGUAUAAGCUCAAUUAAAAAAAUCGGAUCCUUUUUUUACUAUUUGGUGCGACAGUUGUAACCAUUACGGAUUAUUAUCAGUGAAUUAAACUUAAGUUUCUGUAGUAAUUUUCAUCUUGUGACUAUUGUAACUUGUGCCAGUAAAACGCCCUUUAGGGUGUUGCAUUUCACACUUCCUCUGACUGCUGGGAAAUGCACAUUUAACGGAAAACGGAAAUCAUGCGUGCUGGUGUGCGUGCGUGCGUGCGUGCAUGAGUGAGUGAACAAUCGAGGAACACGUGGAGCGCAAGUUUUCGCUGUUCACCGUGAUUGACCGUGAUAAUGCUCGGUGAAGGAAAUGCAACACGUUUUUGGUAUUUUUGUUAUUGCCGUCAUUGUUGGGCCGUGUUGUGGUACGGGGUAAAAUUUGUUGAACGAGCAAGCGAAAGCGAAAAGCAAAUAGUAGAAAAUGCCCCACACCCAAUCGCAAGAAAAUGGCCGAUGAGUGCAGUGAAGUGGCGUGCCAAAAUAAAUAGAAAUAAAACAAAUUGUACUAGCUGUGUGUGUGUGUGGUAAAAUGAAAGAAAUGAAUGAAGAAGGCAGGUGACGAUAAACAUUGCCAUUAGGAAAGUUGAAAACAAAACUAGAAAAGAAAAGAGGAAAAGAAAGAGAAAUAGAAAUGGCCAACAAGAACAAACAAUGAAAUAAAUAAUCAAUUAGAGAAGAAAACGGACCAAUUAAUGAUGAAGAAAAGCAAACAAACCAUAUCUACUUUUGCACCCCACCAGUGUAUGUCGUUAGUGAAACAAAGUGAAUUAUCUGAAAAUAGCAAGCUGUCAGUUGUUGGGAUUGAUGCGUUGAAUGUACGAAGGUUUCCUUUUUUUUGUUAUCAAGCAAAACAGCUCUAUUAAGCGAUCACCGGGGCGCUUGAUGCAACAAGUAGCCUCAUCCUUGGCAGGCUUUUUCAUUCGUAGCAAUUUUUGGGGCUGUGAAUCGCUGAAUAUGACACACGCUUUGACGGGCGACUGUCAAAGCAACAUUCUCACCGAACGGGUCGACGUUUGACGUCACGUGCGAUGCCCACCAUGUCUUCCACGUGGAUCGAGGAGCGACCGGGUGACCACGGCGCAAGUCCGGUCGGGCGGCGAAAUUACCGCGAAAGCUCCACAGAACCGUCGGAUGCAUUCAGCAACAUCAGCAACCAGAGCAGAGGCUCGGGUCGGUCGGGUGUGCGCCGGUUCGGGGACAUCUUUCGCAAUCGACUAAAGCUGGCAGGUGCGGCAGCAAUGCGUACCUUCAAUGAAAGUUUCCCGCAGGAGUGCAAGAUACACACGGACGAGGAGAACGGUGUCCAGACGCCAUCACCGAAGAUACCGAACGUUGGCACGAAAGGUGUCCGGGCGGCAUCGUUUGGUACGCUGGAUGCGGUACUGGUAAACGAGCGUGCGAUCGGUUGCCGAGAUCGAACCUUCACCGAGCGAAGCAACACGUUGGCGGGCAGUGGACACGUUACUGAAGGUACUGCCGGUAAUGAUGGAGGUGGUGCUGUUAGAGGAGGACUAAGAUCUAGACGAAGUUCGACUAUGUUCCGUCAGCGGACAGUACAUCGUGCAACGAGUGGUGCUAACGCAAAAUCUUUUGCUGAGGACGAAGUGAUUAAGAAGAGCGAACCAACUAUUAAAGGUGGACACCCGCGGCAUACGCGCAAAGAGGACAAAAAGACCAAACCAGACGAUGCGGCCCCGGUGGCACCUCGGACGACUGAUUUCCAUGGCAAUAAAGGACUGCCGGAAGGUGAGCGGGGACGCUUGGCAACGCAUCCGCGCACCAGUAUUGUACACCGUGAACCAAUGGAUGAGGUCGUCGUUGGGAAGCCACCGAGCCGUGAACGCGUAAACUCUACCUCACACUACUCGACCGAGAAAAGUGGCUCGUCGGGUUACUACAGCACCAACCUCUACUCGACCGGUGGCUCUUCGGUGGAUGAACACAUCUACUGCGAACCGAUCGAUCGUUGUCCACGUACCGAGCGGCUUGAAGACGACGGCGACCUAAAACGUUCGAGCACGGUGAAGUCAGCAAAUCAGACGGUGAGUGAGCCAGCGAAAACUGGUGCCAGCUGUGAUAAGAAGCGGGGUGGGAAUGAUCAGGAGCUUUCAGAACUGCAGCGCAAUAUACGCGGAUUGGAGCAAUACUACUAUCCUUCGUCGCUGGCAUCACCGGCCGUACCUGUGCAGAUAAGCGUGAUGCGAGCGUCUGUCGCUCAACAACCUUUACACGCAUCUUCAAACAUUGGUGUCGAAGGUAGUGGAGCUGUUGGAGCAGAUUGUACCGAAGGUUGUCAAGUUUCGGAAGGGUCUCAGGAGCAGCAAGAACAGCAACAGCUGUCCGUCAUUAUGGAGGGCAAUGAUGGGCAGAUCCCUCGACCGAUUUGGCCACUCGAUACGGACGACUCACUCAUGGACAUUAACCUGGAAUCGUUCCGUAUGGCAAACCAUAGCAGUCAGAAUCUGAUUGGGUUUGAGAGCCCAACGUUGUCCUCGAUCUCCGAGAGUGAGAUGUACGCGAUGCGCGAACAAGUAACGGAUGGCCCAACAGAGGGUACUAGUCGGAAAAAGUCCCAGUACGAGGAAUAUCUCGAGUUCCAUAAUACGCGCAACAUUCUAGAGCAGAUACGGGGCAAAUUGAACACACUGCUGGAACAGCGAACAGAGCAGCAACAACAGGAACAUGCUGCUCCAAGAAUACCGAGCUCGGGAAAUCCAUUCGUAAAGGAUCCCGGCCCGAGUGAGACGGAGCUGGAAAAAAACAUUGCCAUCUUGAAGGCGGAUCUGGACGGGUACUUGCGGACGAUGAACCAGAAGAAUGAGAACGAAAUUCGACGCUUCUGCAAGGGAAUGAGCCGGGAACCGAAGGUGGUGGCGGUUCAGAAUGCGGUCGAGCAACGUAAUCGGUCCCGUUCUGGAUCAAUUCUAAGUCUGGAGCACGAUUACGAGUUGCUCGAGCGAACUGGUGCCGUACCAUAUUCUACGUCCUGUGGUUCGGAAUCGCUGUUACCGUACUAUCAAGUGCUACCACCGGACAUAUGUGAGGGACGUCCGCCGGCAGCCUUACCAGCCGCAGCACUGGUGCUUAACCGACGCAGCCCACCGAAUCCGUUCGCCCAGGAAGUGCGGCAGCAGGGUCAACCGGGUUCCAUCGGUGGAUUACAUUCACUUUGUUGCCAGCAGCGUUACCUGAAUAGUGAUGAAAUUCGUGUCUGCAAUCGGUACGGGGGCUGCGAGCGUACGGAUCCUAAUGUGGCCAUCGAUAUGCCGGACAGUGACGACGGUGAGGUUGGGAAGACGUUCGUGACGGCGACUAGUCGCGGUGGCGCAGGAGCCCGUAGUGUUGAUUGCCGAAGUGUCAGUAUAGGUAUGCCGGAAGAUGAAACGGUGGAGGGUGAUAGGGUAAAGCGUGGGUCACGUGUAAAGCUGAAAACCGACCCACUGGAUGGGUGCCCAGCGAAGGGUGAGUGUUUGAGUGAUAGUGGGAGCGGGGGGCCACAUAUGGCGCACUGUGAUUUCAACCAGAUGCAGCGCAACAUCACGCUCGAGCGCAUCAUCCUGAUGGAGAGCCUCGGCAAGUCGCGCAAUGGCCAGUUCGGUGAUAAGGAGAAGAUGCUGCUCGAAUGGCACCAGAACAAGCCGAGUUGCUGGGAGCUGUACUAUGGUGCCAAUCGCGAGGAACACCCACCACAUCAGACGCUGAUCCGAAAGAUGAAGCUCGGCCGCAAGAGUACGGUGUGCAUUUCUUACCCCUCAACCCGUCCUGAAUCCGACUUCACGCUGGACGUCCCGCGUGCUGAGCAGUUGCGACUAAAGAUGAAGAAGGAAAAACAGUUCCGAAGUCGGUGCCGCUGGUUUUUCUACUUCCUGAGUGUCGUCUUCUUCCUGCUCUCGGUGAUGGUGGUCAGUUUGAUACUGACCCGGGGAAAACGUAUGUUUGGAAGCAUGAUAUAGUGCAAGUGAACUGCCAAGUAUUGCUGCUCGAGUCGUCAUUCGUUCCCGGGUGGAUCAUUGGCGGUUUGUUUACCGAUGAGCUUUGAACCCGAGCGUAAACGAAACCUAAGAAGCACCUUUGUUGAUUUUAGCUGAUUUUUAAAUGAUUUUUUUCUCUUAAAUUUUAACGUUUGUCGAAAGCUUUAGCUGUAGUGUAACGCAUUAGCCAAUGACUCUCCAUUUGUGUUAAAUAUUGUUUCCUUGUUUUGUAAUUCCGCACGCUAUCGAGAGAAUUGAUUUUGUGUUUUUCUGUUCGUUUUGAAUUAUCUGUGAGGCAAAAUGUUUAAUCCUGCUAUGUCAAUCUCAAGAACAACCGCCGGAACCCGACGUCAUCAAAAUACGGCGAUCAAUUUGACAGUGUAACCUCUUUCUCCCUUUCCGAUCGCCGUGUUGUUUUUGUUUCGUUGUUCCCAGAUUUCUCGUUCUCUCUCGGUGGCGGUGGCGGGAAGAUAAGGUUAUGAGUUGAAAAUAAUGAUAAUUUAGUUUUGAUGUUGAUCGAUGUUUUGAAAGUGAAUUAAUUUUUU